GUUCCGCCCACCGAGGUAUCUCUGAUCGCAGGGCAGACAGGCAGAGAGUGUAAAAUGGCGCACAGCUGUCGGUGGCGGUUCCCCGCUCGGCCCGGAGGGAGCUGCAACUCCGGUACCGGGAGGAGAGCGGGCCGAAUUAGGGUUACUGCCUCUCUGCGGAGUGUCUCGGGAGCCCACCCUAACGCAGCUGGGCUCGGACCCGGUUUUGAUGCUGCACUACAGGUCUCGUCGGUUAUCGGGAGCAACCUGCAGAAAUUUCGGGAUGUUUUGGGGGAAUCGAGUGACUCGAGCAGCGAGGAGGAAGAAGCGUUUGGAGGCUUUGGACCGGUGGCUGAGCAAAAAAGUAUACAGAGCCCUUCAACAACCCCUUUAGCAGGCCUACCCAUACAGGAGAAGAAGCCUAGAGGCCGUCCCCCACGGGCCCUGACUGCCCAGAAAGCUGCUGCUUGUCUACCUUGCCCCUCUUCCCUUCCCUCCCCUACACAGGUGAAACCUGAGGGCCCUGAAAGGCCAGCUGAGAAGGUGAAAAGGCUGCCUGGGAGGCCACCUGGCACCGGGGAGAAGAGAAGAGGUCGACCCCCAUCUUCAAGUAGCAAGAAAGCUUGGAGUACAGGCAGCCAUGCAGCAGGGGAGGAUAGUAGGCAGACUGGGUCUGAGUUGGGCAUGGAAACAGAAGAGGACAAGGACAAAAAGGGCGCCAAGAGGACACCACUGGGCUGUGCCCAACCACAUGACACGGAGGCAAAGCUUCCCAAAGGUGGGCGGGGUGAAUCCAAAGUUACCAACCUGAAGAGGCUGAGAGCAACUAAACUCGCUCCUCUCAAGUCGCGGCUCAAGACAUUGCCUGGCGUACCAAGACGCAGACGCGGGCGACCGCCCUCAGCUGAGCGUCUCAAAGCUGAGGCGGCAGCUGCUGCGGCACAGCUGUCUGCCUCCAUUGAAUGUGUGGAAGGAAAACAUAACGCCUUUAGGGUCAGAGGGGGCGAUAGAGGCACAGAACCACACACUCCUCAGCAGCCUAUGCUGAGGGAUGUGGAUGGUACUGAGUACCAGGUUUCUUCCGAUCUACCUGCCUCCCCGUCACCCUCCAAGCUGGGCCGGACAGUGGGCCUCAGAAAAAGCCCUCGCCAUAGAAAGCCUGUCCGGAUUGUCCCCUCUACUAAACGCACUGAUGCAACCAUCGCUAAACAGCUGCUGCAGCGCGCUAAGAAAGGAGCGCAGAAGCGACUGGAGAAAGAAGCUGUAGCCAUUGGGGGAAGUGGGACAGGAACCAUUGACUCUGGUAUUAGGAAGACACAAGUGAAAAACAUCAGGCAGUUCAUCAUGCCUGUGGUCAGUACUGUCUCCCUUCGCAUUAUCAAAACCCCCAAGCGCUUCAUUGAAGAUGAGGGCAACUUUGGAACCCAGCCACCCCAUAUGAAGAUAGCACGGUUAGAACCAACCCCCUCAUCUAUCUCAACAUCUGCCCAACCCACCUCCACCUCCACCAUCUCCUCUUCCCCCUCUCCUGUACUGGUCUCCUCUACACCUGCUGUUACUAGCACUGGUACCGCGGUUCAGAUUGACUCCCUCCCCCCUCCUCCACCUCCUGCCCCUCUCCCCACUGUUCCAUCAACAGCUGCCAGUAUGCUCAACAACAACAACACCAACAACGCCGCCAAUGGACGAUUUAGCAGUAGCGCAGCGUCUUGCGGCUCAAGUGCUGUGUCGCAGCAUUCCUCCCAGCUCUCCUCUGCAGAGUCUUCCAGGUCCAGCAGCCCCAGCUUGGAUGACUCAUCAUGCGACUCCCAGGCUUCUGAGGCCACACAUGCUUUGUCAGAGCCAGAGGAUCACUCUCCGUCCUCGCAGGGAGAGAGGGAAGCCAACCUGUUACACAGCUCACGGCCACCCUCUCCUCCCUCUGAGCCAGAGCCAGAGCAUGUGUUGGCGGAGAGGAGUCGGCGAGGACGGCGAGGACAGGGGGUCGGCCGGGGGAAUCCGAGCCAGAGGGUGAGAGAAACUCUCACCACUGGGGCUAAAAAACCUAUCAUCAGCCCACCAACAGGAGUUAUUAUGUCUUCCUCUACACUUGUAAAUUCCCAGCAUGCUUCAUCCACAGCCUCCUCCUCUUCUUCACCUCCCCCUCCCCCUCUCCUCACACCUCCACAGCCUCCCCAGUCAGCUUCCUCCAAUACAGCUGCUAUCAGUGAACACCACUCGCAGUCACCUUGGAUAACUCACCCCAUCCCUCCAUUCCUGUCUGGACCGUCAGUGUUGUCCAGCUUGUCAGACAAACGAAGCCGCUCAAUUCUGAGAGAGCCCACUUUCCGCUGGACGUCCCUGUCCCACCCUGAACAGCAGUACUUUUCCUCAGCUAAAUAUGCCAAGGAGGGCCUCAUUCGCAAGCCCGUAUUUGACAACUUUCGUCCUCCCCCUCUUACAGCUGAAGAUGUGGGGCUGUUGCCCCACGGUGUUAGUGGAGCAGGGGGAGCUGCUCCCGUGGUGUUUCCUGCACCAGGCAGCGGAGCAGGAACAGGGACUCGUCUAUUUUCCCCUCUUCACCCACACUCCCACCACCAACAUCCCUCUUCAUCCCGCUUUGAUGCACCACACCAGAAGCGCAGCCCGUUGCUCCGUGCUCCACGAUUUACACCCAGCGAGGCCCACUCACGUAUAUUUGAGUCUGUUACCUUGCAUUCAUCUUCUGGAAGCAGCCCUGGCUCUCUCUCCCCGCACCAGACCUCAUCUAGCUCCAACAGAACCUCGCGGCGCAGGAGACGACUGGUCUUGGGUAUACUUCGUGGCCAUCCACGGUCUCCUUCCCACUCAAUGACCAGACGCAGCAGCCAAAUAGGAGGUCCGAUGUUGAUGGGCAAAGGCUCCUCUGAGAUGUCUGCGUUGACAGGCUCUGUUCCCUGUAGUAAUCCCAGCUCUUUGCCAGGGGUUUCUGCAAGUCCACUAGCCACUAGUGCCUUAACUCCUCCUUUCAGCACCUUCUCCACCGUAUCCAUGGGUCUGGCCCCACAAGGGACACCUGAUAGCAGGAGAGCGGCUGCUGGAAACCCACCUCCUUUGUCAACGACAUCAGCCACUUCUGGGACACUUUUUCCACACUUUCCUUCCAGUGCCCAGGACACAGGGCGAGGAGCUGGGAAAGGAGGUAAAGAAAAAACCUUGUCAGCUCCCCAGGAACCUGCUCAAAAGGAAAAAGAAAGGGAUUCUGAGAAAAACCGCGAGAAAGAGAAGGAAAAUAAGAGGGAAGGGAGGAAGGAUUUGGAGAAAAGAAGUAAGGUUUCUACACCAGAUGACUCCCCCAAUGCACCUUCCAGCUUGUUUACUGUGGAUGGGAGGGACUCUGAAGAUGCUCUUCUGUCUAUUGCUCCAAAAAAGGUUCCAGGGAGAAAAAAAUCAACAUCAGUUGAAACAAUUUCUGACACUGCUUCCUCAGAGGUACGUGGAGCCCAUUCCACUGUUCCCUUAUCUAUUGCUAAAGGACGUCUAUCUAAGAAAAACAGACCCUCCGAGAAAGGGGCAGAGAUUGAUGAUGGGGAAAAGGAGAAAGAGAAACAAAGUGCUCCUAGCCAGCAGACCACAAGCCUUCCAGGGCAGCCCGGCAGACAACAGCUCCCUGUCUCCUCUCUUGGAUCAAUGUUGGCACAAGCAGAGAAGCAGCCUGUGACUGACAAGCGGGUAGUUGGACUACUGAAGAAGGCCAAAGCUCAGCUCUUUGAGAUAAAAAAGAGUAAACUAAAGCCUGCAGAGCAGACGAAAGGCCAGGGUCAAGAGAGUGACUCGUCAGAGGCUUCAGUCCGUGGUCCACGCAUCAAGCAUGUAUGUCGUCGUGCAGCUGUGGCUCUUGGCCGUAAUCGGGCUGUGUUCCCCGACGACAUGCCCACACUUAGUGCCUUGCCCUGGGAGGAGAGAGAGAAGAUCCUAUCUUCCAUGGGGAAUGAUGAUAAGUCAUCAGUAGCAGGCUCCGAGGAGGCAGAGCCUCAGUCGCCUCCCUCAAAGCCACGGGAGACACGGCAAAAGGCUGUACAAGAAGCUCCUCCCAAGAAGGGGCGUCGGUCGCGACGCUGUAGCCAAUGCCCAGGCUGCCAAGUUCCAGAAGAUUGUGGUGUCUGUACCAACUGUCUCGACAAGCCUAAAUUUGGAGGAAGAAACAUUAAAAAGCAAUGCUGCAAGAUGAGGAAGUGUCAGAACUUGCAGUGGAUGCCCUCAAAGAUGUUUCUUCAGAAGCAAGGCAAAUGCAAGAAAGACAAGAAAAAGAACAAGUUGUCUGAGAAGAAGGAGGGUUUCAUUCUGGUAAAAGGACUGGUCUCAGAGUCCGGCCCUAAACCCCCUUCUGCACCACUAAAGGAGGAGCCUGUCCGCAAAAAGAGCGAAACUCCUGAGCUAAAGUUGGGAGAGGAGAAGUCAAGACUGCAGCCGCUGUCAAAGCAAUCUUCUCCAGCCCUCGCAUCUUCCCCUGCCUCAGUCGAACCCCUACAUGCGCCCAGCACAGCCCAGGCUCACUCUCCAGCUCUCACACCAGAUGCCAAACCGCUCUCAGUCACGAGCAGUGUCACCAGCAAGAAGGGACACAAACCACAGCACUCUGUACCAACCUCUUCCUCUUCGUCCUCGUCAUCCUCCUCUUCCACUUCCUCAUCUUCUUCAUCCUCAUCAUCUUCCUCUCCGUCAUCUUCAGCCCAAAAUUCCCCCUCUCAGUCUACGCAAUCUCAUCAACCGUCACACCAGCAGCAUCGACCUCUUACCAGUCAGGCACCUUCAAAAAAAGAUGCUUCACCCAAGAUUUCUCUGAGCGAGCCCAAGAAGAAGCCCCUGCAGCAAUCGUCACAACAGCAGAGCUCAACUACAACUGUUUCAGAUAUAGUUGAAUCAAAACAGUUGAAGAAGCCAACUUCUCGCUCUAUUCCUUCAUCUCCUAAACAGAGACCUAAAGACAAAAAGCCGCUGACCACUAAACCCCCCAGCAGCAGUACUUUAAACUGGCUAAGCACUCCCUCGACUAGGGGCCAGGCGAAGUCCAGAGCGCCCUGCGACGGAGUGCAUCGUAUCAGAGUGGAUUUCAAGAGGGACCUGGAUGUGGAGAAGGUUUGGGAGGCUGGCGGCCUCAGCCUGCUCACCUCUGUGCCUGUCACGCCCCGGGUGCUCUGCUUCUUAUGUGCAAGCAGUGGAAAUGUUGAGUUUGUCUUCUGCCAGGUGUGCUGUGAACCGUUCCAUCUCUUUUGCCUGGGGGAGUCAGAGCGCCCUCUCCAGGAGCAGUUUGAGAACUGGUGUUGUCGACGAUGCAGGUUCUGCCAGGCCUGUGGGCGCCAGCACCAGAAAACUAAACAGCAGCUGCUUGAGUGCGAUAAGUGCCGUAACAGCUAUCACCCGGAGUGCCUGGGGCCCAACCACCCUACUAGACCCACCAAGAAGAAGAGAGUCUGGGUUUGCACCAAAUGUGUGCGUUGUAAAAGUUGUGGAGCCACUAAACCUGGAAAGUCCUGGGAUGCCCAGUGGUCUCAUGACUUCUCCAUGUGUCAUGACUGUGCCAAACUCUUUGCUAAAGGAAACUUCUGCCCACUGUGUGACAAGUGCUACGAUGAUGAUGACUAUGACAGCAAGAUGAUGGAGUGUGGCCGUUGCAACCAUUGGGUCCAUGCCAAGUGUGAGAAUCUGACAGAUGAAAUGUACGAGCUGCUAUCAAAGCUACCAGAGAGCGUUGCCUACACGUGUACCAAAUGCACCGAACGCCAUCCGGCCGAGUGGAGGACGGCGUUAGAAAGAGAGCUUCAGGGAUGCGUUCGACAUGUCCUCACUGCACUGCUCAACUCACGCACAUCCUCACACCUGUUACGCUACAAACAGGCGGUUAAGCCUCCGCAGCUGAACCCAGAGACAGAGGAAAGUCUUCCAUCUCGUCGUUCCCCGGAGGGUCCAGAUCCUCCAGUCCUGACAGAAGUUACCUCUGCACCUCCCAGUGACUCCCCUCCAGAUCUUGAGUCUGUUGACAAAAAGAUGGAUCACGGUCGCUACAAUUCAGUGCUGGAGUUCAGUGAUGACAUCACGCGAAUCAUUCAGACGGCCAUCAAUAGUGAUGGUGGCCAGCCUGAAAGCAGGAAAGCCAACAGCAUGGUCAAGUCUUUCUUUAUUCGGCAAAUGGACCGAAUCUUCCCCUGGUUCAAAGUGAAAGAGUCCAGGCUUUGGGAAAGGCAAAAAGUCUCUGCCAACAGUGGACUUCUCCCGAAUGCUGUGCUGCCUCCGUCUCUGGACCACAACUAUGCCCAGUGGCAGGAGAGGCAGGAGCUUUCCCGCGCUGAGCUCCCCCACCUCAUGAAAAAGAUCAUCCCAGCUCCUCAGCCCAAGACCCCUGGUGAACCAGAUUCUCCAGCCUCCCCUCCUCCACUUCCUCCAUCUCUACCCCCACCACCCCCACUCCUUCCUGAUCGUGACGACAGCCCAGAGCUCCCUCCUCCGCCGGGCAUAUGUGAUAACAGGAAAUGUGUUCUGUGUCUGAAGUACGGAGACGAGAACACUAAUGAGGGUGGCAGGCUAUUGUACAUCGGUCAGAACGAGUGGACCCAUGUGAACUGCGCUCUGUGGUCUGCUGAAGUGUUUGAAGACGACGACGGCUCUCUGAAGAAUGUUCACAUGGCUGUUCUCAGGGGAAAACAGCUGCGCUGUGAGAAGUGUCAGAAGCCAGGGGCCACAGUUGGCUGCUGCCUCACUUCUUGCACCAGCAACUACCAUUUCAUGUGCGCACGCCAGUGCCACUGUGUCUUCCUCGAGGACAAGAAAGUCUAUUGUCCAAAGCACAGGGACCUCAUCAAGGGAGAAGUGGUGUCUGGGUUUGAGGUGACUCGGAGGAUCCUCGUGGACCUGGAGGGCAUUCGUCUCAGGAGGAAGUGGCUGGCAGGACUGGAGCCUGAAAAUGUCCACAUGAUGAUAGGCUCCAUGACCAUCGAAUGUUUGGGGAUACUGACUGAACUCUCAGACUGCAAGCGCAAACUUUUCCCUGUAGGAUACCAGUGUUCAAGGGUGUACUGGAGUACGUUGGAUGCUCGAAAGCGCUGUGUAUACACCUGUAGGAUCCUGGUUUGUCACCCUCUUGUGGUAGAGUCUGACCUGAAAAACAUGAUGGCUCCUGAGGAGAAUCGCACGAUAGCACACAGCCCACCUUCCAUAGCAGAUUUUCCAGAUCCAUUUGAAUCCCCAAGGCGCUCUGACACCCUUUCUCCUGCAAAUACACCCAAGUUAAGGGUUUACACCCGGAACCGACACCCCAGCUACCCUCCUUGUCAGCGCUUACUAGGCCCCAGGCCCAUGCCCUCUCCAGGAGGUACAUCUCAGCCCCAAAGCCAUGAGAUUGUGACAGUAGGAGACUCCCUGGUGAACCCCGGCAUGCGGAAUAUUGACUCACGUCGCCACAGCUCCCCUUCUCUCUCUCCUCCUCCCCACCAGCUGAACAGACUGAGAGUGUUCACUUCCCCACCUCAGGUUCUGUCACGACCUCUUACCUCACCCCCUCCCCUUAUCCCCUCCCCUGCCAGAGACCCCGAAAAGUCCAAACACCUCAGCAAAGAAUCAGCAAAAUGUCCAGUCCAGAGAGAUGAUGAAAAAGGUAGACUGUUCUCUACAGAUAGAAAUAGACAUCAACCCAACAAAGAUCAAGGGUUGAGAGAUGCAGACAAAGGGAGGGUGUCAAGUCAGGACCAAGCUCCUAAGGAUUCUGACAAGAAUAGAUUAUCCAGAGAACUUGGGCAAAAAGAGUCUGACAAGAAUGAAAUAUCAGCCAAAGAGCCAGAAAAGAGGAGACCGUUAAGUAAAGACUCGGGUCUGAAAGAAUCUGAGAGGAGACAACCACCCAGUAGAGAUUCAGAAAAGGGGAGACAACUAAACAAAGACUCUGAGAAGGGGAGACAGACAAGCAGAGAUUCAAGCAAUAGUGUAAAAGAUAAAAACAAAUCAUCCUCUAAAAACCCCAACUAUAAGGACAUUGAAAAAGCUAGGUCUCUAAGUAGAGAUGCAGGGCUAAGGGACUCUGAGAAGCAGAGACAACACUGCAGGGAAACCAGGGAAACUGGAAAAGACUUAGGCCAAGGUAAAGACAGACUGUCUAGCAGAGACUCUGACAAGGGUAGACCUCCCUCCAGAGAUUCCGGUUGUAGAAGCACAGAGAAAAACAAAGACUGUGGCUCAGGGAAAGAUAAUAACCCUGGCAUUCAGUCCAAACAGACUGGCGGUGAGAGUAAGAGCCCCAGACUGGCACCUGCAGGCUCAGGCCAGCCCUCCCCUCCUGUGGGCACGGCUGUUCUUGCUGGUCAGCAGAGAGUUGGCAGCACCAAGCAGACCGACAAGCAAGGGAAACACGGAGGCAAAGACCAGGAUGUUUCUUCAAGUUUGUUGCCUCGUCACCGGGCCACCCCAACCUCUAACAUCACCCAGUCUAAGGACAAGCCCAGCUCAGGGAAGGAGAGUAGUAGUGGCACUGGAAAUGUAAUGCCAGCUUCACCCCAUAAGGACUCGGUGGUUGGGAAAUCUGGCUCCCCACAGCCUUCAUUUCAGAAAUCCACUUCACGGAAAUUGAAUGAUUACUCAUCAGGUCCAGCCACAGCAGCAGCUAUGAAGCCUGUGUGGCCAUCAAGGUCACCAGCAGAAGAUGACAUUGUCAAGCGAGGCUCCAUGAACUUGGCCUCUACAGCUGCAGCCUCAGCUGCAGCCUCAGCUGCCAAAGAGAAACACCCCAAAGUUAAGAUGGCAGGCAGCAGAGAGUUGUCCAAAGACCGGGAAAGAGAAAAGACUCUCCAAAACAGCAAUAGCAGCAACAAAAUCCCCCUUCUCAACAAUAAUACUAAAGCUACUGGCAGCGCCAACACGCAUGCUGCAAGCCCCAGCUCUCACAACAGCACAAAUAGCAAAGCUCCAGUGCUUGGUAACAGCACCAAAACCCACGGGAAGGCUCAGGGGGAAAAGCUUGAGAACCAGGGAGGGGACAGGUCAGUCUCAAAGAGCAGAGAAAAUUACUCCUGUCCUGAGAGGAAGAACAGCUCCAGCUUGGACAACUUACAGCACCUGCAACCGGGUGGUUUAGCUCCAGAGAAAGGAGUGAAGAUCGCUACCCAGUCUCACACAAAACCAACAACCAACCAGCUGCCAUUGUCCACUAGAGAGAAGAAGAGACCAGUCAAACCCCCUACUGUAACUCCACUAAAGACUGAUAUCAAGACUGACCCUAACGGGACCAGCACUGUUGGUUCCUGUCCCAUGACUACUACCUCCACUGCCUCUCCUGCCGGCCAGGGGACCCGUCGCUCUGCUCGCUCUGCUCUCUUCUCCUCACCGUCUGCCAGCAGCAGUGACAGUUCUGAAUCUGACACUCAGACUCAGAUGGAGGAGGAGGAUUUGCGCAAGGAACACUCACUGAGCGAGCUCCGAGACCACCACAGCCUCCUCACUCAAGGCACAGAGGACGAGGGUGAUGGCCCCGAAGAUGACCACGACAGAGGCAUGGAUGAUAAACAUCACGAGGAUGACAGUGACGGGUCGGGGUCAGCGAAGCGGCGCUACCCUCGGCGCAGUGCUCGUGCACGCUCCAACAUGUUUUUUGGACUCACGCCUUUUUAUGGAGUUCGCUCGUACGGCGAAGAAGACCUUCCUUUCUACGGCAGCGGUGAUGGAGCUGGCGCCGUGGUUAAGAGGAGGACCGGUGGCCGCAAGAAGUCAGCUGAGGGGCAGGUGGAUGGAGCAGAUGAUAUGAGCACCUCUUCUUCAUCAGGGGACAGUGGAGAGGAUGAUGACAGCGCAAUGAAACAGAGGAGUAAAGACCCCUACUACUACAACUUCACUCGAACAAUAAUAAACCCUGGUGAAGCCCUACCAUCUAUAGAAGGGAUAGACCGGUGUCUGGGACGGGGAUCCCAGCUUCAGCGCUUUCUAAAAGACGAGGAGCAGCAACAACAAAGGGCACAAGGAAAGGCUGAAGAGGACAUGUUGAGUGCUCUGACCUUAGGCAAGCAGCGUAUUGGCCAGCUCGACGGUGUUGAUGAUGGAUCAGAGAGUGAUACCAGCAUCUGCACCACCAGCACAACCACCACUACAGCCACCUCUUCUUCCACACCACAUAAAAGUACACCUAAGAGAAGGGGCAGAGAAAGACACCCUGAAAAACCGGACUCCCAUGACUCGAGCAAGGAGGCUGAAAACAGCGGUGGAGCUGUAAGUGGUAACACGCGGGAAGGUAGAAAGAACCAGAAAGAAAACUGUCUUCCUCUUGGAGGCGGGGUCAAGAGCCAGCCGCAGAGUCAGGGUCAGGAUCCUCUCGAGGCCCAACUGUCCCUCAGCACAGACCUGCUUAAAUCAGACUCUGACAACAACAACAGUGAUGACUGUGGUAAUAUUUUGCCAUCUGAUAUCAUGGAGUUUGUCCUCAACACACCUUCCAUGUCAAUGCAGGCUCUGGGUCAGCAGUCUGAGCCGUCCUCCUCAGAGCUGCUCCUGGAUGACGGCUAUGUUGGAGUCGAUGUCAACCGGCCGAAAGACAUCCUGUUUGAUGACUUUUCCCAGCAGCUGCCCAGUGCUGAGAGUGGAGCUGUAGUGGAGAGUAGUGUGAAUAGCUCCAUAUCUGUAGAGGAGCCAUAUCUUCCUUUGGAGCUGCCAUCUGAUCUCUCUGUCCUGACCACACGCAGCCCCUCUGUCAACACCAGUCAGAACCACACUGCUGUGAGUCUUAUCUCGGAUACAUCGGACCGCACCAUGCUGGGCUUAGCUCCUGACCCAGAGAUGAUCCGUGGAGAAAAGAAUGGGGACAAGAAAAGAGCAGGGCCAGGUGUGUCCCCAUCGCAGAAUCACCAUGAUGCUACAACUUUGGGAAACAGGGACGCACAGGUCACAGAGGGUCACAUGACCCCUGAGCAGUUUAUUCCCAGCCCUGCCAUUGGACAGGUGGUUGAACCUCCAGGUAACCAGGGUGUUCCCAGGAGUUCUGGUACCCCUGGUUUGCCAAAUUCACCCUCCCUGCCUCUUCAGGUUCAGAAGUACAUCCCGGCACCAGCUGCAGCUGCAGGCAGCCCCAGUACAGUUCCUGGCCCAGGACCAUCUCAGACCCAGGUUUCUAGCCCAGCAGUCAUCAAACCAGCCCCGGACAAGCUCAUUGUGGUCAAUCAACAGUUCCAGCCUCUCUAUGUUCUCCAGACCGUCCCUAAUGGUGUUGCCCAAAACAUUAGUGCUGGAGUGAUGGACAGCUCUUCAGCAGUGCUGAGCUCUAUGACACUUACCACAGGGCUGAAUACUACUUUAUCCACAGCCCAGUCAAUAUUUCCUGCUGGUGGAAAAGUCAUGGGCACCAUGGCUCACCCCUCCCAGAUUCACUCCUUUAAAGGAACCACACAUACGGGUUUCCAGACGGGACUCCCCAGCACCACCUCAGGGCUUCUUAUUGGGUUGCCCCACGACCAGCCCCAGAUUUUGGUCUCGGAGGCUGGUCGGCCGCGUGAGCUGGGUCCAGGUGUUGCCAUAGUGUCCUGUCCUUCCUCCCAGACUGUACUCGCGUCUGCUCACGGCAAGAAGAGGCCCAUCUCUCGUCUUCAACCAAGAAAAAGCAAAAAGCUGGCCCGCACCCGUCGCCAGCCUACUCUGGCCCCGUCUGAAGUGGGCCCUUCCAACAUGACGCUCAUCAACCUGUCUUCCCCUCAGAUUACUGCUAGCAUCCCUGGCCAACCUGGUGGCCUGGUUGAGUUAAGCAGCCUCUCCACAUCUCAGCGCAAGGUCCCAAAUAUUAUUAAGAGACCAAAAUCGGGUAGGGUUAUGUACUUGGACCCCACUACUCUUCUUCAGCAGAGGAUUCCCGGUAUUGCCCAGCCUGGUAUCCUGGGCCAUGAUUCCUCUACUCACCUUAUACCUUGCACAGUCUCUGGUCUCAACCCCAGUCAGUCAGUGCUAAAUGUUGUGUCUGUGCCCACUAGUGGUGCUACUGGCCUUCUUGCACCAGGAUCAGUGUCCCUCUCCACCCCUCUCCUCGGCUCUACUGAGAUCACAGGGCCAAUUGGCAACCUCCUGUUCAAAGCAAGUCCACAUGGCUUGGGCCUUCAAUCAGCAGGAGCUCCACUGAUAUCACACCUCAGCUCAUCUGUCCAGACAUCUAUUGCCAGCAGCAUCUGCAUCCUACCCUCCCAACAGACUAUCAGCAUGGCAGUCAACCAGCACGGAGAGACCGAAAUUAGUAAUAUCCACUUACAGCACCAAUCUCAACAUGGUAACAGAGCUCCGAGUGUGGACUCCAGUCCAAACACCACUGUAACUUUAGCCACCUCGCUAAGCUCUGCCAAGAGACGUGUUGUUGGAGUGUUCACCCAAACACAAACCUCUACACACUCCCAUAGCAGUAGAACAACUCCCAUCUCCAGAUCUUCAGAACAAAGGCCACCUAACUCGACCACUUUAGGAGCAGAAAAGGGCAAACCAAAAUCAAAGAGGAGCAGGCAGAGUCCAGACAUAACCACGGUGAAAAAGCUCAAGGCUUCUCAGGCAGAGGAGCAUCAAAGCAACCCUGCAGGACGGCAUCACUCAAAGCCAAGUUCCAAAGAGCUGAGCUCCCCUGAACCCAUGGAUACAGGCAAGCCUGCAGACAAGGCAACCAACAAGAGUGUGCUUGGUAAAAAGAAGACAUCUGAUAGUCCUGUGUUACCGGGGAAAGACAAACCAUCUGCAGCUGGCGGAGCAGGGUCACUUACUGUGCCUUCACCACCCGGCCAAGAUGGCAACAGCAGGGAUACCGGCCUAGAUAGCAAACCCAAGAAGGGCAUCAUUUUUGAAAUCUGCAGUGAGGACGGCUUCCACAUCCGCUGUGAGAGUAUCGAAGAGGCUUGGAAAUCCCUGACUGAUAAGGUGCAAGAAGCUCGCUCCAAUGCACGACUCAAAGAGCUCUCUUUUGAAGGUGUGAAUGGAUUGAGGAUGCUGGGAGUCGUCCACGAGGCAGUGGUCUUCCUGCUCGAGCAGCUUUACGGCUCCAGACACUGCCGGAGUUAUCGUUUCCGCUUCCAUAAACCAGAGGAAACCGAUGAACCUCCCAUCAACCCCCACGGGUCGGUUCGUGCAGAGAUCCACCACAGGAGGUCUGUAUUUGACAUGUUCAAUUUCCUGGCCUCAAAACACCGCCAGCCUCCCGAGUACAGGCCGCAAGAAGACGAUGAUGACGAAGGGCAGCUCAGGACUGCCAGACGUGCCUCCAUGGAGCUACCACUGGCUGUGAGAUUCAAACAGCUCAAGGCCACCUCUAAGGAAACGGUUGGAGUCUACAGGUCUCCCAUUCAUGGCCGAGGUCUGUUCUGCAAGAAAACCAUUGAUGCAGGGGAGAUGGUCAUUGAAUACUCUGGAAAUGUCAUUCGGUCUGUGCUCACUGACAAACGGGAGAAAUAUUACGAUGGAAAGGGGAUUGGCUGCUACAUGUUUCGCAUCGAUGACUAUGAGGUGGUAGAUGCCACGGUGCACGGCAACGCCGCCCGCUUCAUCAACCACUCCUGUGAGCCCAACUGCUACUCUCGGGUCAUCACUGUGGAUGGCCAGAAGCACAUUGUCAUCUUGGCUUCUCGGCGCAUUUACUGUGGGGAGGAGCUAACCUACGACUACAAGUUCCCUAUUGAGGAUGCCAGCAACAAGCUGCCCUGCAACUGCGGUGCAAAGAAGUGUCGCAAGUCCCUCAACUGAUAUCUGAACAAUUUAAAGAGGACUGCUAGUCUGUUGAUCAGCAGUGCCACGACGUUCUGAGGUCCUCCCUACUGGGGGUUUGCCGUGGCACUGGCUUUAAUGUCCAAUUCCUGGGUCCACGUACGACCACCGCUGCCCACAGGGCACCAGCUCUGUCAGUGUUACUGCUGCUGGUGUUGGCAGAACACAGCAGAGGCAGCGGUCGUACUGUACAUAAAGGAAGGGACAUUUUGGAGGAGGGGCCACUUGUAGAAAUUCAAACAUAUUGUGCCUCCUUUUGUCUCACGGGCAUUUGGCAUGGGAAGCUUCGCCUUCAGAGGUGAGUUAUGAAACGAUUUGAGCCUUCACAGCAUUGCAAUAUAACAAUAACUUUAAUUUACAUUUGGAUAAUACAGUUAUCCCUUCAUCAUUUUUUACAUUGGCCAAUCCUCCUCCAUCUUCUAGAAGUAUGUUAUGGUCCACUAAUGCUGAGAUGUAAACUUAGAAGAACAAAAAUUCAAGAACUUGGUUCCAUUUUACACCAAAGUGCAAUUUGUUGAAGGGACUUGGAACAGUAAUUUUAAUAGAAAGACAAAUUAGAAACUUGUUAGUAUUUCUGUUUUUUGUUUAUUUUUAUAAACUCAGUGUCAGCUAUAAUUGAUGCACAUCUCCCUGUCUGAAUGUGCCCUGAUGCCUCCAGAGCCGUUGUGAUUUACUGAACCUUUCCCCAUUGUGCGUGUGCACAUUAACACUGUAAGUAGGAGCUGCUUGUGAAUAAGCAGCCUGAGAAGAGCUGUACAUGUGGAGACACUAGGGGGAGCAGUGGCCACAGAAAGGAAGAGAGAAUAAAGAGACACAGGGGGAGAAAUGUAAAUUUGUCUAAAAAGGAAAAGGUUAUUUUUGUCCGUUCGUGUAAAGGGUGAUAUCUGAGGUCGAUACUAUCCGUUGUACUUAAAUUGUCUUUAAGUCUGACAGCUUGGUAGCUAUGUAGACAUGUUAUUGAUGGGAUUAAGCCUCUGGCCUGACAGAGCGAGGCAGCUAGAGAUUCUGGUGGACUGACAGCCAAGGGACUGGAGAACCCUACUGAUGUGCUUUAGUAGACAUAUUUAUAAUUGAUUUUUGGAGCUGUGAUCCAGAUAAAGCUGUGGAUCUUACAGAAACAUGCAGACAUGUGCAUGUUGUUAUUAUCAACAUUUAUUUUGGUAAUUAUAUAACCUCAGACUUUUGAAUCACGUUCCAAAUUACAGCAGCAGAGAGAACCAAACAUCAUGCCCUUGAAUUGAAUUAUUACACAGCUUGUUUUCUUCUUGGCCUGUUGUGAUAACCGUUACUUUGGAAAAUGUUUUUUUAUUUGUAUUAAGUCUUUUUUAGUCUUGUCUGUUAUCUUUUUUAUUAUGGACAAGGAAAUAUCAUGCUUGCUUUUAAAAAAACAAAUGUAAAUAAUGUAUAUUUUUCUACAAAAAAAGACUUACAAAGCACUCACUAGUGAAUAGCACUUAAUGAUGGUAUUUAUAUUUUUUAAAAAUUGUAUUUAUUUUAUUGCCAUUUUUGUAGGAAAUAGAGGUUUACAAACACUAAUGCUUGGUCUAUGUUUUGUAUUCCGCUGCCUUUUCAAAGUUGUUUUUUGUUUUUAUUUUUGUUUCUAUUUUUUUUUAAUUUGUAGCCUGAAUGUUUUCUUUGAUUCCAAAGACUGACACUGGUCUGUGGCUUGGUCCGUUGAGUUCAGUCCACCAGUUGCUCUUUUAUCUAUCCCGGGCUGUUGCGUCGGAGCUGACGUUAUUUUUUAUUGUUCCAGUUCUAGCUGGCAGUAUAUGGCAGUCGUGAACUAUUAUUAUGCACUUGAGAGAGUUACGAUUGUUGAUCCCGAGCAGAUAUCUCCUCUCUCCAGCCUUAUUGUCUCCACACCACAUCACACCGAGAAUCAAGUCCACUUACAGGCUGCUGCUACCAGGCAGUCUUAUCAAAAUGAGUCGUUUUGUUCUCGUCACUAAUCAACCGCGGGUCGACAGGCUCACUGCCAAGUGGCACGCGCGUGAGUUCCUUCAAACAGUUUAUCCCUCUGCAGACUAAAAACAAAGAGGUGCCUUUAUUUUAAUGCUACCAACAAGCAUUCAUCAUCAUACCCUGUCGAGCCAAUCCGUUUAUUCUGUUAAUCCUGGUGACCACCCAUCUGUGCUCACCGGCAUUUAGAAAUCACUUUUUAUUCUCUCAUUCACUGUCCUUGUGGUUUGCCUUAGUUGUAAAUGAGCAUGCCUCUUCUCUCUCACGAGCCUUUGUGUCCUGGAUGGAAUAUUUGAUGAGAAGGUUUAGAAUGACUGGUUUCACUAUGCGACUGAAGUCAAACGUUGUGUCCCUUUUUUAAUUAAGUUAUUGUUGCUGACUUCGUUAUCACCUAAAGGCCGUUGGCAGUUACCUGCUUCUUGUUGUGAGCUGAAAGAAAAAUAUGACCCACACAUGAUUUGCACUUUAGCUGUGACACAGGCACUGAUUAGACAUAUGAAAAAACGUUCUCCAGACAGACAACACAGCUCCAACGCUGAAACCACAAGCACAGAUGGUCACUGAGAAUACCCUGAGUUUGUGCAUCAGGCCCCGACACAAGAACUGAGUUUGGUCAUCUCGGAUUGGUCUUGAUGACUCCUGAAAGAGACGUUUGAGGCUCUAGCCAAGUGCACUUGACUCUUUUCUCCUGCAACAAAGUGAAGGCAGGGACCACGCCAGCAGCCCUCUCCUUCCUGAAGGUGCAGCGUGUCCAAACCCCGGCUGUGCUUUUCCUGACUGGCUGGCCAGCCUCGUGGUGGUUCAGCUGCACCUACAUUGGGCUCGCUGAGUUCAGCUGCUACGAUCAACAAUGAAUGUAUAUUGCUUCACGCCACCGGUCGUGUUGAUACUUUGUCAGCUACAUUUGUUUUCAGUUCUUGUGUCAACAACCUGCUAGAGAUAUGAACAAUAUGUAGAUGUGACCUCAAACUGGGCGGCAGCAGCAGUUUUCAUUUCAGCACUGGGAAUAAUACUGAAGUGUGAACAGCAGUGGCAUUUCUAUCUGCAGGACAACACGUUCUUACUGGGUUAGCUCUCCACUUCCCGCUUGCAUCGGUGAUGACAUGUUUACCGAUGCCAAGGGCUCUGGCUCCGGCUCUCGCUUCUCGAGAUCCACUUCUGAAUUUUCAGUGAACAAUAAGUCAUUUAUUUCACUGUCAAGCGGCAUAUAUACAAAAAGGAAAUGGUCUCUGUUGUUUCUUUGGACUUCAUUUUACCACGCCACACCAGUGGCCCUUCUCCGUCAUUAUCUGUAAUUAUAGUAUAAAUACAUAACAAUAUUAUACGGAAACAUGCAUAGCAAUUUCUUGUACUUUAGUACCUAUACAAUAUAUGGAAUGGACAGACAAACUUAGUUACAGUAGCAAAACAGCAAAUUUAUAACAGUUAAUAGCAAUGUUUCAAUGUACUCUAUAAUGGUUUUGUGUUACAGUAUCAGAUGAAACUAACGUGCAUCAUUCUUUUGUAUAUUGAUAUCCAGUACCAAUUUUUGCUGUGCCUGUGAGCGCUCCUUCAUCAAUGAGGAGUGCUGCAGUUUUGCUUUUCAAAUUUCUUUCUGGAAAGGAACGUUUUUAUGUGAUGAGAACUGUAACUGUAUUAAUGUGGUUGUGAACUCCUUGAGGUCCGCCAUUUUGUUUCUCCCUCACCCCGCCCCCUGGUUGUUGUAGUGAAUGUUUUGGUUUUUUUCUUUCUAUGUUUUAACAGGGACUUUUUAGAUGGCUUACUUGAUAUACAUUAAGAGUUUGGUCUGUGGAGACUGUCCAGGAGUUCUAAAGAUCUCACCAAAAUGGUUUCCAUUUUUGAAAAUCUUUCAUGUCUCCCUGACGACCUCUCUCACCUCCAAAGCUUUUGUUGUACUUAUCAUGUACUGGUUUUUUUUUAAUAGAAAGUCAUAAUGCUGAGAUGAUGCUGGUGUUGAAAACAUUUUAUUUAUUUAUUUUGUGCAACAUCCACCCUGAAUUGUUCUUUUACAAGUCAAGGUUUGGGAGACGUCCGACAAGUACGUAACAUUUGUAAUUUUCAAAUCGUUUCUUGUGUAUAGAAGUUAUCAGCCGAGGAUGGAAUGUGGUGUCAGAGGGAGCGGAGGGAUGGACAUGCAAAAAAGAGGGCUCAUGGAUUAUGAACAGGCUUGUUUCUUAUGCCUUGAAUAUACCUUUGUCUUAUCAAUAUUCCUCCUGCUCUCUGUAAUAAUGGUAUUCAUGAGUUCAACAGUCAUAUUUUAUCCCGUUUUAACAGUGUUCUUUCAAUACUCAUCAACAAAAUGAAGGAAAA